GUUUUUUAAAAAGUUUGAUACGAUUUUUUUCGCAGCAUUAUCUCGUUUUUAGUAAAAAAAGACAAAUUUUAGAAAUUGACGUGUACCGCGAGAACUAUUAGAUUUCGAGGUUUGUUGCAACGAUGAACUUACGCUCGUAUAUUUGUCGUUACUCCCCCGCGUAAUCGUCAUCAUUUUCGAGGAAAGAUCGUUUACGUUAUGAGAAAAUACCACCUCGACGAAUUACAAGAGCAUAAGAGAAAACGUUAAAGAGUACAGUCGCGUGUAUGUCGAGAGAUUCUCUUGGCUUGGUCGUCUAUACCGAGACGAGAAACAAAUACGUGCGUAAGCGAAACUGAAGAAAUCUUUACACGUCGUACUACCGCAGAGCUCGUGCUGUUCAACUGUUCAAAUUCAUCCUCGCUUCUCUGUACACGCGUAGCGCAGCUUGUACUUCAAAUUAAUUUAAACGUCUGGUGAAUUUUCGGUGACUGAAGAGUUUUUGUUGAAUGCUCGUUAUUUUUCGUCAAAUUAUUUAUUACUUUGACGAACCAAAACUUUUUUCCGGUCGAUAUCGUAGAUGCACUUUCGGUUGCUGCUUCAAACGUUUGACAUUUGUUUUUUGUACUGUGAUCAGAACGAAAGUUAUCAAGCGUUUAAACCACAGUCAUCAAUAUUCCCUUUCCGAAAUAGAAUAAUUGCGUGAAUGCAAUGUGUUUGGAACGACUGAAGUGUUUAAUUAAACGUUAGUUAAAAGAGUGGUAUGAAAAAUAGUGAUGAAAAAAGUUCGUUUGUCGUUUAUGAAAUCGUCACGUCGUAACUCGUCGAUUCAUCGAGUUAUUUGCAUCGAUCUUCGCCUUAUUAUUAUUUACGAAUGUUCGUGUGUACACAAACGCGUUGACGUAGUUUGACGUAAAAUUAUGCGCAUCGAAAUUCAAUGAAGUAACGAAGGCGAGUGUUCAAAGUGAUUGGUAUAGCGAAAUUCCGCAUUUACGAUCUCUUAAUAUAAAGUGAUUGUCACAAUAUAGUAUAUAUAAAUAUACAUAAAUAAUAUGAUACGUGUGAGGUUUUCCAAAACUCGAGCAAAACAUGUGAAUCGACGAGAAUUUUCAUUAUUACCUUUUUCCUUCUGUCAUUGAACGUGUUGUUCAACACCUUGAAUGGAAUUUACUCGCAUUUCAGAAACACGAAUCUUUCGAGAGUGACAACUCUUGUUCUCGCUCGUGUACGCGAGUGACAGUAGUUGAAUACAAAACUUUCUAUAUAAUAGUGAGAGACUGCGUUGGAAUAUCUUGUUCAGUGAAAUUUCACUGUUGGAAGUCUCGACGGAGGAGCUGGAAGAAAAAAAAGAUAAAAUUUGGAAGAAUUUUUGGAAAAAAACUAUUCUCCAUUCGACAUCUUUUUUUUUAUACUCGUGAAAAAUUGGGAAAAAGGAAAGCGACACACAUACAGAAUCGAACGUGUGACAUGUGAUUUAAACAUUUAGUCAGCGUUCACUCGUGUCUCGUUCACAGCCACAAACUCAUCUGGUGUGUUUUAUCAUGCGGCCCGCUAAAUCGCAUGAAUAACAAAAAUACCAACCGUUCUAUCUAUUGAUGAGUGAGCAUUUAUAAGUGUUUCCGGUGUCGUUGUUACAAGAGAAAAAAAAGGAUGGAAUUAAAAAUCUUCAUCGCUGAGAUUUCGAUUCUCGCAAUGGCUGCAAUGCUGAGGGUAAGUGAAAUCGAGGGAUUACCAGCAGCACUGCGAGUUGAGGCGAUCGAGGAAACUGAUUACGCUAAAGUUUUGGCACUAUCCCUAUUGUUCUACGAGGCUCAACGCUCUGGAAAACUUCCCCCUGACAAUAGAAUACCGUGGAGGAGUGAUUCCGCCCUUGGCGAUCGUGGCUCGAACGGCGAGGAUCUUACCGGCGGAUAUUACGACGCGGGUGACUUUGUAAAAUUUGGAUUUACGAUGGCCUCUACAACGACCCUGCUCGCCUGGGGUGCACUCAGUUGGCCCGAAGCCUAUGAAGCAGCUGGGCAACUCAAUGAAAUAAGAAAGUCAAUUAAAUGGGCCACCGAUUACUUCAUCAAGUGUCACGUCAGUGAAUUCGUUCUUUACGGCCAAGUUGGAGAUUUCACCAUUGAUCAUACUUUUUGGGGAAGACCGGAAGAGCUCAACACGACCAGACCAGCGUUUAGGAUCGAUCCAGAACACCCAGGUUCGGAUCUCGCGGGUGAAACAGCAGCGGCUCUCGCGGCUUCCUCUAUAGUCUUCAAGAACUCCGAUUACAAUUAUAGCGUCGAGUGUCUUGAACACGCUCGUCAACUUUAUAAAUUCGCGAAUACAUUUCGCGGCCUUUACCACGAGGCUAUAAGAGGUGCAGCACAAUAUUACGAGAGCACAGAUUACGGUGACGAACUUGCAUGGGCGGCGGCCUGGCUCUUCAAAGCAACCAACGAUUCGCGAUAUCUCGAGGAUGCUGAACAUCAUUAUCAGCAUUUCCAUCUCAAAGAGAGACCCAAUGAGUUUUUUUACAACAAGAAGGUCGCGGGAGUUCAGGUGCUGCUCGCUCAACUUACUGGCCAACCGGAAUAUCAGAAUGCAGCGCGCGCGUUCUGUGACUUUUCGGUACAUCAGCAGAAACGAACCCCCAAGGGACUUCUCUAUAUCGACAAAUUCGGCACUUUGUGCCAUGCCGCGAACGUGGCUUUCGUGUGCCUCGAAGCCGCCGACACACCGGAUAUCGGUAAUUCCCAGGAAUAUCGUGAUUUUGCCAAGCAACAAAUUCACUAUAUGUUGGGAGGUGCAGGGAGGAGUUACGUGAUCGGUUGGGGAAGGGAUUCGCCUAAUCAGCCACAUCAUGCAGCCGCUUCUUGUCCAAAUCGUCCAGCCCCCUGUGGAUGGCCAGAAUUUAUUAGUAAAAAUCCAAAUCCUCAGAUUUUGCACGGUGCAUUAGUAUCUGGACCGGAUGAAACUGACAAUUUUCGGGAUCGUCGAGAAGAUUAUGUUUACACAGAAGUGACCCUCGAUUAUAACGCUGGAUUUACGAGCGCUCUGGCAGGUUUGCUCCAACGGAUCGUUAUUAAAAACGUCGAUUGACAGAGAACUCGCGUCGCUGUUUUUCUUCGUUUUAUAAAUUUUGUUCGAUAUCUUCGAUUUUUUGUCUGAUCUUCAUGGAGCACCGAUUUUAUUACUUGUCAUAAUUUUUCAUGCGACGUUGCCCUUUAAGGUAGUUCUGUAUGUACACGUACGAGCUCAAAAGUUUGGGGCGCGGCGUACAAUGAAAUCCAAUGCUUAUACCGUGCUGCCGGCUACACGGUUUUGUCAAAGCUUGUACACUCUGCCUGUCCUACACAAUCAUGCCUAAUGCACGAAUACAUACAAUAAUAGAAAGGUCCUCUGCACAUAUAGAAAGUGGCGCUGUACAUGUGGCAACAACGCCAUUCUUCGGUAUUACUACAGCGUCGAGCGUCAAAAUGUCAGCAUUUCCCGAAAUCUCAUUUAUUCGUCGUGAAAGAAGUUAAAAAGUGUUCAAAUGGCAAUUCGAUCGAGAAACGUGGUCGAACAUUUGAGAAAAAAGCUUUCAUAUUGUUUUGUAUUGCGUCUAUCAGAUCGCCGCACCGUACACUGUUGCCACGUCGUCAUGCGCUCGUUCCGCAUCACAUAAAAUUAAAACAGUUCAUCAGUCGAUAUCUCCGGAACUAGAUCAUCAAAAAUUUCGCAUUUUUAAAAUAUUAAUCUCACAACAGUACUGAAUACACGACUGAUUUUGCUUUAAAGUCGUAAGAUCCGUUUAGAGUCGGUAAUAAAAAAUGUAAACAAAGUGCUAUCCAGUGACGUGUUAGGUACAGGCAUCGCGUACAAAAUGAUCCACUUUUAAUCGCGAAUAUCUCGAAAACUAAAUGGUGAAUCGAUUUGAAAUUUUGACAGUCGGUCCAUAAAGACUAUUGUUGCACCAUAUAUAAGUUUCAGUCAGUUUUUAAUAUUUCAACAAAAAUACAGAAUUACCUUUAAACAUAGUUCGGUCAGUUUCAACGUAUCCUACGUUUUCACACAAAACGAGUCUUCGGUAAGAAGAGGUUUCGAUUAUCCAUGACAAAGAAUGUCCAAAAAGCAUUCUACUGCGUAUUAUAAAAAUUGCUGAAAUUAUUACGCGAUGCGACGAAACAAACUAAAUUAAUUUUGUAUUUAAUGAUUUGACCUUUUUAAAAAAUAUUUCUCUCUAAAAAUUGUUUUAAAAAAUUUCUUAUUCAGAGUCUUUGGAAUAUUCAUGAAAUAUUUGUGAUCGUGGAAUAUGAAAUAUGUAUCUACAGUUGUAUGAAAAAUAUAAGGUGCGAAAACAAA